CGUAGAGAGCUGCGUGACCAUGAUGGCUGCUGAGAGUCCAGGGUAAGUAUUUAGCAAGUGCUUCAAUAGUCUUUUUGUCAAGCUCUUCCUGUCUUCUUUUAUCUAUAUCAUACACACCCGACAACAAACAUGCCUCCUUCCGGUCUUGCAAUCAUUAUUGGAGCUGGUCCAAACACUGGCACUGGCAUAGCACGCAUCCUCUCCCACCCCAAGCAUGGCAACCUGGCUGUAGCCCUCCUCGCCCGCCGACCUGAGAACCUCUCCUCCGUCCGCUCAAACCUCGAAAAGACCUCUCCAGGUAGCACAAUCGAAACCUUCUCCACCGAUACUUCGCCCUCCCAGCUCAAAUCCGUGUUCCAAUCCAUCCGCUCCCACAACUCUUUCAAGAAUCUCAAGCUCAAAGUAGCUGUAUACUCAGUGAAGCAUUCGAGCAAGAAGCCAUUCAUGAAUGAAACAUAUGAGGAAUUUACGGAGAGUUUGGAUCAAUAUGUUGGUGGUGCAUUCACAUUCUCCCAGGAAACUUUGAAGCUAUUCUUCGAGCAUCAUGGGGAGAAACCUCUUUUUGAGACGGGAGAGAAGAAAGGGACGUUGAUAUUUACUGGGACAUUGGGAGCGUUGAGAUGUAGUGCCGAGUAUGCGGCAUAUGGAGCUGGACGAGCGAGCGUGAGACAGUUGGCGCAGACUUUGGCUAGAGAGAUGAGUCCUAAGGGUGUGCAUGUCGUACACACGAUUGCAAAUGGGGCGAUUGAGGACAAGGAUGGAGAGGAUCAGAAGAUUGGGAAAAAGAUGAGUGCUGAUGCGGUUGGGAAAACAUAUCUGUGGCUUUCACAGCAGGAGCCGGAGCUAUGGACGCAUGAGUUGGACAUGAGGCCUGCAGCUGAGAAAUUCUGAGG